GAGAGGAAGAUCUUGCAGCAUAGAGACAAACUGCGCCUGUUGGCUGACGAAUUUCGCGAGACUCUCGCUCCCUUAUCACCAGUUGAAUUUGUCACGCUGGCUGAUAAAAUUGCCAGCCUACGUAAGACACUUUCCCCGGCCUGGGAACGUCUCAACUGGAACAGUCUGGUCAUCGAUGAUUUCCUCGCCAAGGGUAACGCAGCACUGAGCAAGUUCCGUACCCUACUCGACGGAAUCCACAAGGCAUCAGAGAACAUUGAGGACAUUUUGCACACCUUCUCUAAUGCCGUUCUUUUCAACAUGCCACAAAGCGUUCAGCCCUGCAGCUCAUCGAAACCGAUCUCCCUUCCGGCCUGCAAGGUUUGA